CCUGGUUGAGGCGUCUCUUACAGGAAGGCACCAGUUGAGGACUCUAGAAAGAACAGUGUCUUUGUUCCAGUUCACAAUGGAUUGGCUUCAGGGGUUCUUCCUCCAUCCUGUGUCACUUUAUCAAGGGGCUGCUUUUCCUUUUGCACUUCUGUUUAAUUAUCUCUGCGUCCUGGAUUCAUUUUCCACCCAUGCCAGGUACCUCUUUCUGCUGGCUGGAGGGGGGGCCCUGGCCUUGGCCGCCAUGGGUUCCUUCGCUGUGCUUGUCCUCACCCCCGCUCUGUGGGCCGCGGUUCUGAUUGCCUGGCUUGGCCCACGGGAUGUCCACAGGUGGGCUUUCUUCUUUCAGAUGAGCUGGCAGACGCUGUGUCACCUGGGGCUGCACUAUACGGAAUACUAUCUGCAAGAACGUGCUUCCACGAGGUUCUGCAUCACUCUUUCUUCCCUCAUGCUCUUGACCCAGAGGGUCACAUCCCUCUCUCUGGACAUUUGUGAGGGAAAAGUGAAGGCAGCAUCAAGAGGCAUCAGGAAAAGAAGCUCGUUGUCUGAGCAUCUGUGUAAGGCACUGCCCUAUUUCAGCUACUUGCUCUUUUUUCCUGCUCUCCUAGGAGGCCCCCUAUGUUCCUUCCAGAAAUUUCAGGCUCGUGUUCAAAGGUCCAGCAAUUUGUGUCGCAGGCACUUUGUCUGGGCUCUGAGCUGGAGGGGUCUGCAGAUCCUGGGCCUCGAGUGCCUAAAGGUGGUCUUGGGGAAGGUGGUGAGAGCAGGAGCAGGUCUGACUGACUGCAGGCAACUCCAGUGCAUCCGUGUCAUGUGGUCCACAGCUGGGCUCUUUAAACUCACCUACUACUCCUGCUGGAUCCUGGAUGACGCCCUCCUCCAUGCCGCGGGCUUUGGGCCGGGGUUUGGUCAGAGCCCUGGUGAGGAGGGAUACAUUCCUGAUGCAGACAUCUGGACCCUGGAAACAACCCACAGGAUUUCCCUGUUCACGAGAAAGUGGAACCAAAGCACAGCACGGUGGCUCAGACGCCUCGUAUUCCAGCACGGCAGGGCCUGGCCCCUGCUGCAGACAUUCGCCUUCUCGGCCUGGUGGCACGGACUCCAUCCAGGACAGGUGUUUGGUUUCCUCUGCUGGGCUCUGAUGGUGGAAGCUGAUUACCUGAUUCACACCUUUGCCCGCUCAUUUAUCAGGUCCUGGCCGAUGCAACUGCUCUAUAGGACCCUCACCUGGGCCCACACCCAGCUCAUCAUUGCUUAUAUAAUGCUGGCCGUGGAGGCCAGGAGCCUCUCCUCUCUCUGGUUGCUGUGUAAUUCUUACAACAGUGUCUUCCCCCUGGUGUAUUGUAUUUUGCUUUUUCUGUUAGGAAAGAGAAAGCAUACAUUUAACUGAUAUCUUUCCCCAGCCUUCAUCUUAUACAUCCAUGAAACAGAGUUUAGAAAAUGCCAGAUAGUGUGUUGAUGAUGGCUAUGCUUGAACUUUUCCAUACUAGAAGCUGUUUUUUUCAAGUAUUGGAUGUAUAUAUCUGAUGUCUGCCCAUAGAAAUUUGUGUAUCUACUUUCAUAGACUAUUAUACUCGUAUUGAAGAUUCCAAAAAAAAAAAAAAGACAAAGACAAAGACAUGGUUUCUUCCCUUAGGACUUAUAGUUUAGGUGGAAGCAAAGUAAGGUGAUA